AUGACCUCUAUUCCUGCUGCCGGUACAAGACCUCCUGUCACUGUUACUAACAAAGUCUCUGAAUUCCUGCUGGAUCCUUGGUCUACUGUCAAGGUUGUUGUUCCCUCUGCUGCUCUUCAAGUCAUUAUCCAUCAAACCUGUCUCAAAAAGGCAUCUUUACGCGAAUUGACUUUGGGUCUUACCUUGUUGAAUGCCAUCUGGUUUGCCACCACUUUGAAUAUGAGCUACAUUGAAACACCAUUACUCGCUAAUGUCCCCAGUCUCGAUGAGAACCAAAAGCUGGAUGUAGGUAGACACCGUUUUAAUUGGAUCAACAAGAUCGAGGCUACGGUCAGCUUAUUGAGUCUCGAUCUCUAUUUAAAUUGGAACGAACGCAUUGCAAGACAUGAUGGAUUCGUUGACAACGUGUUAAAGACUGCUGCUCUUGCACCCAUCGCCAUCACUGUUGCACAGUCUGUUUACUUUUUACCAAGAUUCAACAAGCGUGCUGAACAAGUUGCAAAGGGUGGUGCUACUGCAAAGGAGCUCUGGGAUAAGGAUCCCUUCUUCUUGAAGGGGCAUCGUGCUUAUAUCACUUUGGACACGCUCAAGAUUUCUGCAUUGGCUGUUGCUGGUCUCCGCUUCGGUUUGAUGUUGAAAAACUAA